AUGUCCACAUACUUUAGAGGUCCUGUUUGUGGUACGGAUAACUGUAGAUCAAGACUAUGGCGUAUAAUUGAUGGGAGAAGAACCUGUCAAUAUGGGCAUGUGAUGGAGGGAGAUGUGGAAUUCAAUGAUGACGAGGAUGACAUCAAUAGUAUGGGAGUGGUUACAAGAAGGCUUAAUCUUACCACUAAUGCAACGGGUAAUUUUCGGGCAACGUUGAAUAGUCAGUCCCAAUUUAGUCAAAAAGAAAAUGAACACCAAAAAUUGUAUGGCCAGGAAGCUGACGAGCUAUUCCUCAAAUGCUUUCAGUUCAUACUCAAAAAGCAGUGCAGGUGGCUGAUUGAAGAGAUGAAAUUCCCGUCUGUAUAUCAAGACCUUUUGAAAAGGUUAUGGAUAAGAUUUCUGAAGGUUCUUGAAGAUCGGAAAAAUGAUGAAUGCGAUUCUCAGACACAGGGAAAUGCAAAGCGCAAGAAGUUUGGACUUUCGUUACUUUCAUCAAUCUCGCUUCUCUAUCUGGCUGCGCUGCAUCUGAAAUUGCCAGUUUUCACAUGUGAUUUUAUUCGAUGGAUAUGCUCCAUGAAGAUCCUAUACUUCAAGGCCAACUUACAUUUACCUGCGCAUUGGAGAAAACAGCUUCCCAAUUACUAUUUACAGGUUCUGGAGGGCGGCAGACCACCUAACAACGGUCAACUACUUCACAAAAUUGCACAGACGUGUUUUGAGCUACGAUUUUCUCAAGACUUCGGCAAUUCUCUACCGUUUGAAGCACUCAUACUCAAGCUGGUACUUCUCACGAGGCUUCCUCCUCACGCAUAUUUUUAUACAAAAGAGCUGAUCAAGUUGAUUGAUGGCACUGACAUGGGCAAAUUCACGUUGAUAGAACACGACAAGACUCAUUUUACUAAGUUGCAUCUGUAUGCGGAGUUAAGAACUGUGGCGUACUUCAUUUUGGCCAUCAAGUGGAAACUGCUGGACGGAGAUGAAUUCAUAGCUCGAUAUAUAGAUGUGUGGUUGGAUCUGGAUCAGACAGGCUCGGAUCCCAUCUCCAGAGAUCAAGCAAUAACAGCCCUAUCAUUUCCAGCUGAAGAGGGUAGUACGCAUGCAUGGACAAAAGCCAAGACGGAUCACUACUUAGAUUGGCUGGAGACCAAGUUUCUUCCGCACAGCACGGUUGGCGAGCUCGACAGCCUCACUAUAGACCAAAGAAUUGGCAGGAAAAAGCUAUAUGCAAUGUUUCCUCUGUCUAAUGAGCUUCCUCAUGAGUCUGAAAGUAGAAGCUUAACUUUCAUCGAGGAUACACAGGAGAAAUACCUAAGCAUCGCGGACGCAUUAUCGGAUACCACAUUAAAGCCGCGCCUGCGGAGCACCGAAAUUGCAGCCAAAUUGGAAGGGAAUUUGAUUCAAAAACUGGCACCAUUUUUUGCGGUAUCUUCGCACCAAUUGCUUAAUUGCAUCGAGUGCUUACAGAAAUAUGUAUUUGAGAUCUGGGCAUCCGAUCCGUCUUAUUCCAUAGAGAAGUAG